GCUAGAAUAUUUUCAAAAGUUUGUAAGGCACUGAGAGUCUGUUUCAGGUUGUUGGGUGUAUUGUUAUUCUACAGACAACUUUUUCUUGUUUUUUUGUUGUUGUUUUUUUGUCUCUCCAGCUACAUUAUUGAGCAGGGAGUUUGUUACUUGGUUUUGUGUGAAGCUGCCUUCCCUAAGAAACUGGCUUUUGCCUACCUAGAAGAUUUGCACUCAGAGUUUGAUGAACAGCAUGGGAAGAAGGUGCCCACUGUGUCUAGGCCCUAUUCCUUUAUUGAGUUUGACACCUACAUUCAGAAAACCAAGAAGCUCUACAUUGACAGCCGUGCUCGGAGAAACCUAGGCUCCAUCAACACUGAAUUGCAAGAUGUGCAGAGGAUCAUGGUGGCCAAUAUCGAAGAAGUGUUACAACGGGGAGAAGCACUCUCAGGUAUGUAAAGAAUUAAGAGUCCU